AUGACGCAGCGGCAGGACGACUUCAACUGCGGUAACGAGGCUUCGCAGGCCCAGGCUACGAGCUUUGCUGCAAAGAAGCCACCACACAGCGGUCUAUCCCUGACAUCCAGUGCAACAUCAGAAGAGCCAAAUCGAUGUGGAGGUCUCACUCAAGAAACCAUUGUACAGCAGAAACCUUUCGUGGCGGGAUAUCUUGCGAGCAAGGUGGGCUACCGCAAGGUGACUCGGAUGCGGAUGCCGAAGAGGACCGGCGGCACAGCGAGGCACCGUCGUGCGCCGGGAGAACAAAGCUUGUCGGACCGAGGUUGUGGGAUUUCCUGCACUGCAGCCAUGCCACUGCGGAAGAUCGGCGACAACAACCCGGGAAACACUAGAGGAGCGAAUGCGAUGUGGAUGCCUCCCGCAAGAAACCCCUGUGAAGCCAUUCGACGGGGAGGUCGGUUUACCCUGGUCCCGCAAGUGUCCUGCUCCUGGGCCCAAGCAGGUGUUUGUGCCCCUUCACAUCAAUCCCAGGUACCAGAUAAGCCACAGUCGUCGAGCCCCAAAAGGAAGCCAUUGGAGGAGAUGUGACUGGUGUGAAGUUCUCGCGGUUACAGUCCACAACAACCAGGGCAAAUGGCGCUGCAGUAAACGGCCUUGAUUAUGCGCCUAUGUUUCGACUGUUCAACAAUAACCGGAGAUUGCAAA